AUGGAGGCCAAGUUGAAGAUCGUCGCGUUCUUGCUGCUCCUAUGCCACUGCAGCAGAGGAAAUGCAGAGUACUGUAAGCUGUCAGACCUCGCCGUCACCCAAACUGUCUUGCCGGGGAAGCAGGUCAACGGCUACCCGGAGUACUCGGUGGCGGUGGAGAACCGGUGCAUCUGCACGCAGGCCGACGUCAAGCUGGCGUGCAGUGGGUUCAACUCCUCCCUGCAUGUCGACCCCUUCGUCCUCCAGCCCGACGGCGACGGCAAGCUCUGCACCCUCAACGGCGGCCGCCCCGUCGGCAUGGGCUCCGAACACGCCGUCAAGUUCGACUACGCGUGGAGCUCCAAGUUCAGCUUCGAGCCCGUGUCAUCCACAAUCGCAUGCUCCUGAGCCCUGAGCAGUUGUACGAAGCCACGGGAACUGGAAUCUUUCUUCACAGGGACCUAGCCAUGGAAAGGUUCUUUACUGCGACAACAUCUAG